AUAUUCUUCCUCUCUAUUUGAUUCCCUUCUACUUCUUCUUCAAGCAACCUAAUCAACUCUUCCUCUCUUUACAUAGAUACCCAUCGUCAGAAAUCCCUCACCACCUGCUUCUUCUUCUCCUCCUCCUCGUUUUCCUCAUUCCAAAAACCUUCCUUUUUCUUUCUCUACCAGUAAACACAAGAAGAAAUACAUGGACUCCCUCGACCACAAGCGCGUCCCAAACGGCGCCCUUCUGCUCGACAAGAAGCCCAAGACGAAGAUCGUUUGCACUCUGGGUCCUGCCUCCAGGUCCGUCCCUAUGAUCGAGAAGCUUUUGAGGGCUGGCAUGAAUGUCGCUCGCUUCAACUUCUCUCACGGAUCUCACGAAUAUCACCAGGAGACCCUCGACAAUCUCAGGCAAGCCAUGCUUAACACCGGUACCCUCUGUGCUGUCAUGCUCGACACCAAGGGUCCAGAGAUUCGAACUGGAUUUUUAAAGGAUGGGAAACCUAUACAACUUAAACAGGGUCAAGAAAUCACCAUAUCUACUGAUUAUGACAUAAAAGGUGAUGAAAAUAUGAUAUGCAUGAGCUACAAAAAAUUGGCUGAGGAUGUCAAGCCAGGGAUGGUGAUACUUUGUGCCGAUGGUACAAUAUCAUUUACCGUUUUAUCUUGUGACAAAGAAAAUGGUCUGGUUCACUGUCGCUGUGAGAACUCUGCAGUUCUAGGUGAAAGGAAAAAUGUUAAUCUCCCUGGGGUUGUUGUGGAUCUCCCAACCUUGACUGAGAAAGACAAGGAAGAUAUUUUGCAGUGGGGAGUUCCUAAUCAAAUAGACAUGAUUGCUCUUUCUUUUGUUCGAAAAGGCUCAGACCUUGUGGAGGUCCGGAAACUGCUUGGAAAACAUGCUAAAAACAUUCUUCUCAUGUCAAAGGUUGAAAAUCAGGAAGGUGUGGCAAACUUUGAUGAUAUCCUUGCAAAUUCAGAUGCAUUCAUGGUGGCACGUGGUGACCUAGGAAUGGAGAUCCCAAUCGAAAAAAUAUUCCUAGCACAGAAAGUGAUGAUUUACAAGUGCAACAUUCAAGGGAAACCUGUUGUUACAGCAACCCAGAUGUUGGAGUCCAUGAUUAAAUCUCCUCGACCUACUAGAGCUGAAGCAACUGAUGUUGCAAAUGCUGUUCUUGAUGGCAGUGACUGUGUGAUGCUUAGUGGUGAGACUGCUGCUGGAGCAUAUCCAGAACUUGCAGUUCAGACCAUGGCAAAGAUAUGCAUGGAGGCAGAAAGCACGCUGGACUAUGGAGAUGUCUUCAAAAGGAUUAUGGAGCAUUCACCAGUGCCCAUGAGCCCAUUGGAGAGCCUAGCAUCUUCUGCUGUCAGAACAGCAAAUUCUGCAAAAGCAGCUCUUAUAUUGGUCUUAACCAGGGGAGGCAGCACUGCAAAGUUAGUGGCAAAGUACAGGCCUGGGUUGCCAAUUUUAUCUGUCAUUGUACCUGAGAUCAAGACAGAUUAUUUUGACUGGUCAUGUAGCAACGAAGCUCCAGCUAGGCAUAGCCUUAUUUUCCGUGGAUUAGUUCCAGUUUUAUAUGCAGGAUCAGCUAGGGCUUCCCACGAGGAGUCAACAGAGGAAGCAAUUGAGUUUGCUAUUCAACAUGGCAAGGAGAAGGGACUGUGCAAAUGCGGGGACUCUGUUGUCGUCCUACUUCGAAGUGGGAAUGCUUCUGUAAUCAAGAUCUUGACUGUGAAGUAACAACACUUCGAACAAGACAGCUCUUUUUGUUGGUUCCCAUAUUUGGUUAUCUUAGGUGUGGAUUCUCGGCAUCACAGAAAACAGCUGCUUUCCGUAUAAUAUGUUGAGCUUUGAUUUUUGUUUCCUCCAUUGCUACAUUUUGGAAAAGAAACUUCAGGUGAUACAGCUAAAAUGUUCUGAUUGACAACCAUUUUUGAGACCUAUAAUUUGGAGCCAUUUCACACAUUCACACA